GCACCGAGGAGCGCUCAGACACCAACUCCCCCGCAUCUGCUGCUCAUGGAGGAGCCGUCCGUCCACGCGUCAGGAGACAGCCGCUGACAUGAAGUUUUUCUCCGAAGGCGGAGCGGCGCUGCUGCUGCUGCUGAUCGGCCGCUGCUGCUGCACCAGUCCCGGCAGGAGAGUGUGCGAGGGAAUGAGUAACCAGCUGUCACUGUUGGGGACUCACGAGCAGCACUAUGACAAAAUGGUGACGACGUACUCUAACUGCUCCGUGGUCCUGGAGAACCUGGAGAUCACCUACACUCUGGAGCACCACGACCUGUCCUUCCUCCAGUCCAUCGAGGAAGUAGGCGGUUACGUUCUGAUUGCCAUGAACAAGGUGGCAACGAUCCCAUUGGUCAAUCUGAGAGUGAUCCGGGGACAGAACCUCUACGAGGGCCAGUACGCUCUGCUGGUGAUGUCCAACUAUUACAGGAACCUCUCCUCUGCAAAGCUGAACUACACCAGCGGCCUGAAGCAGCUGCAGCUCAGCAGCCUGACCGAGGUCCUGAAAGGUGGUGUAAAGAUGACCCACAAUCCCUUGCUGUGCAACACAGAGACCAUCCUGUGGUGGGACAUCGUGGACAGAGCCAGCAACUACAGCAUGGUGUUCAACACGGACGAGUUUCCAAAGAAAUGUGAGAAGUGUGACCCCAACUGUUUUAACGGAUCCUGUUGGGCUGCAGGACCAGAGCACUGUCAGAAAAUCACCAAGCUGCUGUGUGCAGAGCAGUGCAGCUGGAGGUGUCGGGGGCCCAAACCCAUCGACUGCUGCAACGAGCACUGUGCCGCAGGCUGCACGGGACCUCGGGCCAUCGACUGCCUGGCCUGCAGGGCUUUCAACGAUGAUGGCACCUGUAAAGACACAUGUCCACCUUUGAAACGCUAUGACACCAAACUUCAUCAGGUGGUCGACAACCCCAACGCCAAGUUCACCUUUGGGGCGAUGUGUGUGAAGGCCUGCCCACAUAACUACGUGGUGACUGAAGGCUCGUGUGUUCGUACCUGCGGCGACAGAAUGUACGAGGUGGAGGAGAGGGGGAUCCAACGCUGCAAAGAAUGUGAGGGACCCUGUCCCAAAGCCUGUGACGGGGUCGGGGUGGGCUCUCUGAGCAACACCAUCGGUGUCAACGCCUCCAACAUCGACUCAUUCAGGGACUGCACCAAAAUCAACGGAGACGUCAUCAUCCUCGGAUCUUCCUUCUCCGGAGAUCCGCAUUACAACAUCCCACCCAUGGAGCCCGGGAAGCUGGAGAACUUCAGGACAGUGAAGGAGAUCACAGGGUACCUGAUGAUCCAGUUCUGGCCUGCGAACCUGACGUCUUUGUCUGUGUUUGAGAACCUGGAGAUCAUCAGAGGGAGAACGACUCGCAAUAAGUACAGUUUUGCUGUGGUGCAUCUGACGCACCUGAAGUGGCUCGGUCUGCGCUCUCUGAAGGAGGUCAGCGCUGGGAUGGUGACCCUGAAGAAUAACCCUGAGCUCUGCUACGUUCGGGCCGACCAGUGGAGGAACCGCCUAUUCAAGUCUACUGACCAGACCAUCACCUUGAUUAACAACAGUCCCCCUGAAGCGUGCGCGCUGCAGAAUCAAACGUGUGACAAGGAGUGUACGGAGGCGGGCUGCUGGGGUCCAGGACCCAGCAUGUGUUUGUCCUGUCGGCACUUUGACCGUAUGGGCCGCUGUGUGGCGUCCUGCAACCUGCUGCAAGGUGAACCCAGAGAGGUGGAGGUGAAUGGCAGCUGUGUCCAGUGCCACCCAGAGUGUCUGCUGAAGACCGGGACCCUGACCUGCUACGGACCGGGUCCUGACCAGUGUUCCCAGUGUGCUCAUUUCAAAGAUGGUCCCCACUGUGUGGCACGCUGCCCUCAUGGUGUACAGGGAGAGGGAGGCACGCUCAUCUGGAAAUAUGCCGACAGGAUGGGCCAGUGCCAGCCCUGCCACCAGAACUGCACCCAGGGGUGUUCUGGUUCUGGAUGGUCUGGAUGCAAAGGCUCCAGCACACACUCCACAUUGGCGGUGGGUGUGAUCGGCGGGCUGCUGGUCAUCGUCAUUGUGUCGCUGAUCAUCUUCGUGUUGCUACGGCGACGGCGCAUUAAGAGGAAGAGAACGCUGCGCCGCCUGCUGCAGGAGAGAGAGCUGGUGGAGCCGCUGACCCCGAGUGGCCAGGCUCCUAAUCAGGCGCUGCUGAGGAUCCUGAAGGAGACCGAGUUUAAGAAGGUCAGGGUGCUCGGCUCGGGGGCCUUUGGGACCGUCUUCAAGGGUUUGUGGAUCCCUGAAGGGGAGAACGUGAAGAUCCCAGUAGCCAUCAAAGUUCUCAGAGAGGCCACAUCACCUAAAGCCAACCAAGAAAUCCUGGAUGAGGCGUAUGUGAUGGCGAGUGUGGAUCACCCUCAUGUGUGUCGUCUGCUGGGAAUCUGCCUGACAUCGUCUGUGCAGCUGGUGACUCAGCUGAUGCCGUACGGCUGCUUGCUGGACUACGUCCGACACCACAGGGAUCACAUCGGUGCUCAGUGGCUGCUCAACUGGUGUGUCCAGAUUGCCAAGGGGAUGAAUUACUUGGAGGAGCGCCACCUGGUGCAUCGAGACCUGGCUGCAAGGAACGUCCUUUUGAAAAGUCCUAACCACGUCAAGAUCACCGACUUUGGUCUCGCCAAGCUUCUGACAGCAGAUGAGAACGAAUAUCACGCUGAUGGUGGAAAGGUUCCCAUCAAGUGGAUGGCGUUGGAGUCCAUCCUCCAGUGGACCUACACCCAUCAGAGUGACGUCUGGAGCUAUGGUGUGACGGUGUGGGAGAUCAUGACGUUCGGCUCCAAGCCGUACGACGGCAUCCCGGCCAGCGAGAUUGCCACGGUGCUGGAGAGAGGAGAGCGGCUGCCUCAGCCCCCCAUCUGCACCAUUGAUGUCUACAUGAUCAUGGUCAAAUGCUGGAUGAUCGACCCGUCCAGUCGUCCCAGGUUCAAGGAGCUGAUGGUGGAGCUCUCCAAGAUGGCCAGCGACCCAGCCAGAUACCUGGUCAUACAGGGGGACCUGCCGAGUCCGUCAGACCGAAGGUUUUACGCUCGUCUGCUGAGUGCCGAUGACACCGAGGACGUGGUCGACGCUGACGAGUACCUGCUUCCCUGCAGAGGCUUGGGUAACCAUAACAACCGGCCCUGUGGAGCCACGAAUGGUCAUCCAGUCGGAGCGAGCAGCGUCGCCCUGCGAUACAUCACCGAUCCCACUGACGGCGCUCUGGAAAGAGACUUCACCGGCCACGACUACAUGAACCAGAGUAUGAGUGAAACCAGCCGGAGCAGCAGGCUGUCAGAGGUUUUAAACCCCAUCUGCACCAUUGAUGUCUACAUGAUCAUGGUCAAAUGCUGGAUGAUCGACCCGUCCAGUCGUCCCAGGUUCAAGGAGCUGAUGGUGGAGCUCUCCAAGAUGGCCAGCGACCCAGCCAGAUACCUGGUCAUACAGGGGGACCUGCCGAGUCCGUCAGACCGAAGGUUUUACGCUCGUCUGCUGAGUGCCGAUGACACCGAGGACGUGGUCGACGCUGACGAGUACCUGCUUCCCUGCAGAGGCUUGGGUAACCAUAACAACCGGCCCUGUGGAGCCACGAAUGGUCAUCCAGUCGGAGCGAGCAGCGUCGCCCUGCGAUACAUCACCGAUCCCACUGACGGCGCGCUGGAAAGAGACUUCACCGGCCACGACUACAUGAACCAGAGUAUGAGUGAAACCAGCCGGAGCAGCAGGCUGUCAGAGGUUUUAAACCCCAUUUACGAGGACCUGAGCCUGGGCUGGGGUGCUGCCUCACUUCCCCACCCACUACAGGAUCUGAACAUCUCUGACCAAGUUCCAUAUGGACCCGAAUACCAGAACACCCCCUGCAAAUUACGCCCUCUGGUGGUCAGCGACAGCCUUGACAAUCCCGACUACCAGGCUGACUUCCUGCCUCAGACCAUUACAGAUGCAGCUUUAACCGGGAACAGUCCGUUUCUCCCAGCAGCGAAGAACCUCGAGUAUCUGGGUGUGGGGGGUGCAUUACAUGCUCCUGUCCGCUAGGGGGCAGCAGAACACAGACAGUCAGUCAAGCUGCUGACAGGACUGACCUGAACUGUUUUACUGUCAGUUCCUCAGGAAACACUAACUCAUCACGUUCACUCUGAGAGCUUGAGCGGAGGCACCACAAUGACUGUUGCUUAGCGGCACUUCAUCCAACAACAGCCUCAGACUCACAAGUUUUCAUGAACUUUGUUUGACUGGACCAAACCAAACCCACAGAACCUGAAGAAGCUGAACAGUUCCUGAAUCAGUUCCUCAGCUGUCUCAGUCAUAAACGUCACGAGUGCAACAAAAACCUUCUGAACUUUUAUUGAGGUGUAUAAAGUUUUGAAUUAUUUGCUUUACUUGAUGAGAAUGAGCCAGAUCCUAAUUUCCUGUUAACCACUACUGCUUGUGUCUGUUUGUCACUGAUGGACAGUUAUGGAAGCUGAGAGGCUGUCUGUAGGUACGGAUCCGUCGGCAGCUUUUCCACAGUUUCCUUUUUAAGAGAAUGACUGGUGUUCAUAUUUAAGAUGCCGUCACUGAUAAAGACACGCUCCUGAUGUUUCACUUCCAUGAUCAGGACUUUAAUGUGUUUAAGGAACAUGGGCUGAUGAAGAUGUGCCCAACAGUAAAGAUCAGAGCAGGAGUGAGUCUGAGAGCAGUGCUCUGAGGCAGUGAUGCAGAACACUUUAAAGUCUGAUUCUAUCAAAUUUAGAGCAAAUUUUCCAGAUCAAAGAAAAUUUGAGUAAACCAACUUUUACAGCUCACAGCACCAAACUGGUUUUUUUAGGGUAAUUUUCAAAGUUGUUGGAUGAGAUGAAAAUGUGAACUCAGCCUCCAGCUUCCAUAGAAAAUCACUGAAUGUUUGUACAUGUGCAUGUACUUUGCUCUUAACUGUCAUUAAAUGUGAAAUGAGCUGUGAACCCUCGGCCACACAUUCAGUUUUCUUUACAGCUGACGUGCCGACAGGUUACCGCUGUUAGAGAAUCGUUACAUUUGCAGUUAUUAUUUUCUUAUUUGACACUGAACCAAGUGAAAUAUCUGCAGGAUGUUUAUCAAAGGUUUAUUUAGGGCAGAAUCCCACAAACUGUUUUUAGUUCAUAGUUGGAAAAGGUUGGAAUGCCCGGUGAGGGACGGUCUUGUUCAUGGAUGGUGGAAGAGGGGAAAAUUGACAGAUAAACUCUGUGUCUGUAGUCAGAUGCUGUCCUGGUCUGUUGUGGUUGAAGACAAACCUGAGUGUAAAGGCAAGGCUGUUGAUUAGCUGGCUUAUCUACAUUCCUACUCUAUAGCCAUGAACUUUGGGCAGGGUCUGCUUGGGUCCAAGUGAAUUUCAUCAUCUCCUGCCAAGUCUGUGAGCCUGCAGAGAUUUUAGGCAGACUUUAAAGAAACCACUUUAGAAAUAAGAUAACAACCUGAGCAGCUAAUCCUCCACACUGGAAGCAUCCAGCUGUGGUGGUUCAACCGUGUGACCAGGAUACCUCCUAGAUGAGGUGUUUCUACUCAUGAUUCAUCUCUUGGCUGAACUGGGAACACAUCGUUAUUCGUGAGAAAGGGCUGGAAGUGGUGGCCAUGGAGACAGAGGUCUGGGAAUCUCUGCUUAGACUGCUGCCCCCACCACCUGCUGACAAGCAGCAGAAGAUGGAUGGAUGGAUGGAUGGAUGGAUGGAUGGAUGGAUGGAUGGAUGGAUGGAUGACUGUAACCAAACAUUGUGCUGAAAGGAUUCAGAACAGAAACAGGAACUGUUCCUUUAUAGUUCCCAUAGUUCACCUCCAACCAGUUGCAGCAGAUGGCUGCCCCUCCCUGAGCCUGGUUAAAAGGGAGUUUUUCAUUCCCACUGUAGCUGCUCAUAGAGGGUCCUUUGAUUGUUGGGGUGGAGGGUAGUAUCAGAAUUCACUCUGUGGAUUUUUAAUAUCUGCAGUAAAGAUGAUCAGUUUUCAUCAUUGAUUAUUACUGAUUUACAUCAUGUCUUUAACUGCCAAAGAGAAAAAUGGUGAAAGACACAAAUACAUGAUAAGUAAAAGCAUCUACACAAACGCUGCUGCUGCUUCAGGCUCUCAGCUCCUCCCAGUACACACAAGUCCUGUUUAUGAGUACUUCCAUCUGCAGAGAGAAGGAGAAAGGUGAAAGGUGAUAAAUGACUGUUUCCAGAGGCUCUUCAUUAGCCUUCAGCCCAGUGAGAGCAGCAGUGGAGAGCACCCAGCACUGAUUUUUUUAUUUAUUUUUUUGGUUUGGAUUCUGUAACCUCCUCUGAGUCCAGGUUGUGGGACAGGCAGGUGUUUCCACCACCCUUCAUGCAGCCAUGGUUCCUGCUCUUCGGGCAGGACCACUUCAUCAGCCUCAAUGAGUCACUGGUACUUAAGAACCAGCUCAAGCAGCCGGUCUUAGCCAUAGAUCUGCUCCUGCUGAGCACUAAUUCAGCUCAUAUAUAUCACACUUACAAAACUUUUGCUCCUCUUCGUCAACACAUUUGUCUCCCUGUUUCCAGCAUCACCUCCUCUGGUUGAGGAGUGAAUUACUCACCUUUGCAACCUCCUUCCAUGCAGCUGGUCCUCUUCCCCUGCAGACUCCAACUGAAACCUGGCCUACUGGGAUCCUCUGCCCAGUAUGGAAACAAAUCAGUUCCCCCAGUCAAACCCUUUUGAGCAGCUGAGACAGUGAACUCUGUCUCUUUGAGUCUGCAUCUGAACCUGCCAUGUUACUCUGCAUGUAAGGAGUCCAGUUUCAUGUCAUGUGU